AUGUCAUACGCCAAAGAUCAGACCGAGAACCAAUCACACACGAACGAGCAGCUUUGCCAUAAGUGCGGCAACCCUGGCCACUUUGCGCGCGAGUGCCCCAAUUCUGAUGAUCGAAAUGCUGCCGGGAAUGAUAACACCUGCUUUAAGUGCGGCGAGAAGGGUCACUAUAGCCGGGACUGCACUAACCCCGCAAAGGCGGGAUCGGCUGGGAACAUAUCCUGCUACAGAUGUGGCGAGUCCGGGCACAUGAGCCGAGAUUGCCCCAACCCUGCGAAGGCGGGCGCAGCAGGUGUGAUAUCCUGUUACAACUGCGGUGAGUCCGGGCACAUGAGCCGGGAUUGCCCGAAGCGAAGCCGUUUGGGGAAGCGGGAUCGUGAUGGGGGGAACGCCGGUGGUGACCGUUCAUGUUACAGCUGCGGUGAGGCCGGUCACAUCUCGCGCGAUUGCCCCACCAAGAGAUACCGUGGCUCAAGCGACAAGACCUGUUUCAAAUGCGGUGAGGCAGGCCACAUGAGCCGUGAAUGCCCCAACCAACAAGGUGGUGGCAAUGGUGACCGUUCGUGUUAUAACUGCGGCAAGAGUGGGCACAUAAGCCGUGAGUGCCCGGACGAGCGUAGCGGCAAUUAUCAGCGUAAUGGUGGGAAUCGCACCUGCCACAAGUGUGGUGAGAUGGGCCACUUCGCACGUGAAUGUCCCACUAUCAGCGGCCAAGCUUAA